AUGCAGCUGCUCUUUGCUGUACUCGCCCUUGCCUCAUCGGUACUCGCUGCUCCCGUUACUCCGCUCGAGUCUCGCCAGGAGGCUGUCUGCAGCGGAGACGGCUUCGAUGCCCCAUACAGCUUGAGCUGCAGCGAGCUGGCCAGCCGAGUCGAGUACCCUCUUGGCCCAGUCGGCAGUAAAGCCGGCGGUGUCGUCUUCCUCGUACACGGUACCGGUAGUCAAGGCUCCGAGACCUGGGGUCCUGGUCCAUACCUCAGCAUCCUGCCGAACAAAGGGCCUGGAUACGACAUCGCCUGGUUCAACUCCCCUUCCCGCUCGCUCGAAGACGCCCAAACGACCGCCGAGUAUAUCGCUUACAACGUCCUCGAGCUCGCCAAGAAGUCCAAGACUGGCAAGGUAUUCGUGAUAGGCCACUCGCAGGGCAAUAUCAACAUCCAGUGGGCGCUGCGGUUCUUCCCUAGCAUCCGGAAUAAGAUCAGCGGGUUCGCAUCCCUUGCUGGCGACUUCCACGGAACUGCUGAGGGACCUUUACUAUGCACGACCCAAAAUCUCGCGCAGGGCGGAUGCGCGCCGAGCGUCAUCCAGCAAUCCAUCGGUUCCAAAUACCUGGACGCGAUGAAUGCAGGCGAGGGCGGAAGUGCGCUCGUCAAUACGCUCAGCCUGUACACUAUCUACGACGAUAUCAUCCAGCCCGAGGUCAUCAACCCGACCAGCGAGCUCAAUGGCGCAAACAACGUCCGGGUGCAGGACCUGUGCACACCCGCUUACGCGACUGAUCACUUUGGAAUGACGGUCGCUGCGCCAGCGUUCUACGCUACCCUUGAAAUGCUCCAGAAUGGUUCCUUUGACCAGAGCAAGUUCGACGCAAAAACCCAUUGCACCUACCUCUCGGAUAGCACUAUCCCAAACCCCUUCGUCGUCGUUCCCGGGAUCAUCAAGGAGGCCGCGCUCGACGUCCUUGCUGUGACCUUUUACGGGCCGAAGGUGGCGGCCGAGCCGAAGCUCAAGCGAUACGUCUGCGAGAAGGGCUCUGCGUCCUCGUAUUGCGAGUAG